AUGGCAUUGAAUUGUGAUCAGUUAGCGGCAGUUGAAUUCAUUUCAAGUGGACUCAAUCUUUUAUUACUGGGCGCCGCAGGAACGGAUGAAUGUUCAAUGCUAAGUAAGAACUUUUUUGAAUGCCUUAAUGAAGUUUGUAAACUGAAGGACGAGAAUCAACAUUUUGGUGGUAUCCAGCUACUGCUGUCUGGUGAUUUCAGACAGUUGUUACCAGUUCCAAAUCACUUAUACGGUGAGCAGGGUGAAUUUUGCUUUGAAAGCAAGUUGUUUUCCGAAGUACUGCCACAUAGAAUAACCCUCACGACAGUAGUAAGGCAAUCUGAGAAGGACCUUAUACAUGCUAUUCAUGAAGUUUCAGCUGGAAUUUUAUCAGCAGAAACUGCACUAUUUAUUGAAAGUUUACAGAGACCUUUAAAAAAAGACCGUUGUAUUAAACUGUUUUCAACAAAUGAGCAAGUUGAAGAUUACAAUAGGCAGUGUACAGUGGAUUUUCCAGGUGAGUUAUACGAAUAUAAAUCAACUGAUGAGGGUGACCGCAAGUACUUAAACAAAAUACUUGCACCACAAACUCUUUGGCUUAAGAAAGAGACACCCGUCAUGUUGCUACGUAAUCUUUCGGACAAGUUAGUGAAUGGUCUACAGGGCACAGUCAUUGAAAAUGGUCCAAUUGUGGAAUUCUCAUCAUUGAAUAUGAAAUUGCCAAUGGGAAAAAUCAAAUUUUCAGUUUUCAGUCCUACCAUGAAUACUGAUGUUACUGUUAGAGUUCAGUAUCAGAUCAAGCUCAGUUUUGCCAUUAGUAUACACAAAUCACAGGGCCUAACACUUGACUGGUAA